CUUCGCGUCGUGCCAGGAGAGACUGUGGAAUCUCGCAGCCGUUCAGACAAGAGGAGUGACAACUUGCGAUGGCGAGAGCUCCGCGUCCGUCUGCUCCUCGCUCUUCCCGGUUCUCCGGUCGGAGGCGACAGCUGCUCGGCUGAGCUCCCCGCCGGCUCACUGCCCCCGUCGCCACAGGACGAGCUCGGCCGCCAACUCCUGCGCGAGCAGCUUGGACAUUCAAGGACAUUUUAACCGUUACCAUAGCUACUUUGGCCUUUCCCCCCCCUGUCGACAACGAUGUCGCCCGAUUUUGUAAACACGUUCAGAAACGGCGGCUGAAAUCAUGUGAUUUGAAAAAACUGAAAGGAAAAGAAUAAGCUGUCCAGGGGACUGAUGGUGUUUCUCAACGUGUCGCACCCGCAGCCCUUCCUCCGUCGAGGGGCCAAACAAGCGGUCGAGUGAAGGGAACCGGCGGCGGAGUUUCGAUGCGCUCAUCUCGUCAUCAUUUCCAGACCUCGUCGAGUCGGCGGCUGCUUGGAGCUGAAGGAGAACACCUUGUCGCCGGUGAACGCGCAGACGGACGGAGAGAGAGAGAGAAGAGAGAGAGAAGAGAGAGAGAGAGACAGAGAAGAGAGACAGAAGAGAGAGAGAGAGACAGAGAAGAGAGAGAGAGAGGCCGAUGAACUGGGAUUCGCCGAGUGCCGGAGUGUGUCCAAGCCGGCGGAGCUUUGUCUGCGUGCGCCAGCUCCAGGAAUCCUCAAUGUGGACAUCAGCUGGUGGUUUGACAAGUCACAUAUAGAAGCCCAGGAGUCUCUCCUCUCCCUUCUCCCCUUCCCUUCCCUCUGUCCCUCCCUUCCCUUGUCAGUCUUCUCCCUGAUCCUCCUUUCCCCCCUUCUCCAAGAGUCACGAUGCUUAUCAAGGAGUACCGCAUCCCCAUGCCCAUGAGUGUGGAGGAGUACCGCAUCGCCCAGCUCUAUAUGAUCCAGAAAAAAAGCAGAGAGGAGAGCUGUGGUGAAGGCAGCGGUGUGGAGAUCCUUGAGAAUAAGCCCUACACAGAUGGACCAGGUGGGAUAGGCCAGUACACCCACAAGGUCUACCACAUUGGCAUGCACAUUCCUAGCUGGUUCCGCUCCAUCUUGCCUAAAGCAGCACUGAGGGUUGAAGAGGAGUCCUGGAACGCCUACCCCUACACCCGCACCAGAUACACCUGUCCCUUUGUUGAGAAGUUCUCCAUUGACAUCGAAACCUACUACAAACCGGACACAGGGAACCAGGCGGAUGUCUUCAAUAUGUCUGCAGUCGAGAAAAGGCAGAGGAGUAUUGACCCAAUCGACAUAGUGACGGACCCCAUCGCCACUCAUGAGUACAAAGCAGAGGAGGACCCACGACUCUACAAGUCAGCCAAGACCCAGAGGGGUCCUCUGCGAGACGACUGGAUAGAAGAGUACAACAACAACCCGGGGAAGACCCCCAUCAUGUGUGCCUACAAAUUGUGCAAGGUGGAGUUCCGCUAUUGGGGCAUGCAGUCGAAGAUUGAACGCUUCAUUCAUGAUGUCGGACUGAGAAAGGUGAUGGUGCGUGCCCACCGGCAGGCCUGGUGCUGGCAGGAUGAGUGGUACGGUCUGACAAUGGAGGACAUCAGGCAACUGGAGCUGGAAACUCAGCUGGCCCUGGCCAGUAAGAUGGCCCAGUUCAGCCAGGCUGAUGAGGCCACCGAGGCCAACGGAGGUGCUCCGUCCCCAGACAAAGACCAAGAGGUUAAAGAGGCAAUCAGCUCCAUUGAAGCGGAGGAGGUGGUUGUCAGCUCAAGAGGAGAGACUCUGCAGCCACGAGGUGUACUCACGAAACAGUGGUCCACCUCCUCCCGGUCGUCUCGCUCAUCCAAGAGAGGCGUGAGCCCGUCACGUCACAGCAUCUCCGAGUGGAGGAUGCAGAGCAUUGCGCGAGACUCGGACGACAGCUCGGACGAGGAGUUCUUCGACGCUCAUGAGGAUCUCUCAGAUGGCGAGGAGGUCUUCCCAAAGGAAAUCGCCAAGUGGAACUCCAACGACCUCAUGGACAAGAUUGAAACCGCAGACGCAGAAGAAACUCAAGAUGAGCGUUUCAAGGAAAUGACCGUGGAUUAUGAAAGAGCGACCAGCGAGGAAAGACUAGAUGAGGAGAGCUCUUCCCAACAGUGCCUGCAGCCUUCCAAGAUCCAUGUGCUUAUCUUGGUGCUGCACGGAGGAAACAUCCUGGAUACAGGUGGAGGGGACCAGAACAGCAAGCAGGCAGACGUUAAUACGAUUAGUACGGCUUUUGACACAGUCAUGCGUGUCCACUAUCCUGCUGCGCUGGGGCGCAUCUCCAUCCGUUUGGUACCGUGCCCCGCCAUCUGUGCCGAGGCCUUCUCCCUGGUGUCCAACCUGAGCCCUUACAGCUAUGAUGAGGGAUGUCUGUCCAGCAGCCAGGACCACAUCCCGCUGGCAGCGCUGCCCCUCCUGGCCACCUCUGCUCCACAGUACCAGGAGGCCGUGGCCACCGUCAUCGCCAGAGCAAACCAGGUGUUUGCCGAUUUUCUAAAGUCUCUGGACGGGUCUGCCUUCUCUGGCCAGGUGUGUCUCAUCGGAGACUGUGUGGGAGGAAUCUUGGGAUUCGAUGCUCUGUGCAGCAGCAAUCAGACAGUAAAUGAAAGUCAGAACAGCAGCCGCAGGGGCAGCGUCGUCAGUGUACAGGAUCAGGACCUGCUAUCUCCUGGGAUCAUUAUCAACUGCGGGCACGGGUCAUCCUCUCCGACCCUGGAGGGCAGUCGCCACCUCAGUCGCAGUAACAUUGACAUCCCUCGUGCCGGUGCAGGUGAUGACACCAAGAGACAGCUGCCACGCAAGAGAAGUGACUCCUCCACCUACGAACUAGACACAAUAAAACAUCAUCAGGCCUUCCUGACCAGCUUACACUCCAGCGUCUUGCGGAGCGACGCGGCCUCCCGCAGGUCAAGCAGCAGCACUAUGCUGGAUGGAUGCUCCCUGGGGAAGUUUGACUUUGAGGUGUCCGACUUUUUCCUCUUUGGCUCUCCGUUGGGCUUGGUGCUUGCACUGAGAAAGACUGUCAUUCCUAUGCUGGAUGUGGCCCAGCUGCGGCCGGCCUGUCAGCAGGUCUACAACCUGUUCCACCCAGCCGAUCCCUCAGCCUCCCGCCUGGAGCCUCUGCUGGAGAGGAAAUUUCACCUCCUGCCUCCUUUCAACGUGCCCCGUUACCAACGCUUCCCCCUGGGAGAUGGAAACUCUGCCCUCCUGGUGGAGACAGUCCAGAGCAACGCUCAGCUGCUACUUGACAGCGGGCCUCCCCUGUCCCUUCGCUGUCAGGAGACCAUCAGUGAGACCUGCAUCCCUGUGCCUGUGCUAAACUGGCAGGAGGGCUCCCUCAAAGCCACACCCGCCACUAUGGAGUCGGAUGUUGUUCAGUCUCAUGGUGGUGUCUUCAUGGACAGUUCGUACCCCUCAUCCCCCGUUACGGGCCCCCUCUCCCGGGGCCAGCGGAGGGCCAGUGAGGUCAGCAUUGCCAGCCAGGUCUCAGGAAUGGCAGACAGUUACACUGCCACCAACAUAGCCAACACCAAAUCAUGCCAAAUUAACCAAUCCAAAAAGAUCAGCCUUUUGUCCCAACUCGCCCUAUCGUCACAAAAUAAAUUCUUCCUGAGAAGUCCUCCUAAGUCACGUAAGAAAUCAAAGGCUGGCCAGGCUGCGGGACCCCCUGAUGCAGAUCUAAUGGCAGAGCUGGACGCUGAGACAGACACCAGGGAAGGUCUAAGUCCCAUUGGCCAGUACGAGAAUUGCCUGUCAGCGGGGUUGGACUGUGCUAUAUCUGAUCUGGUCUCAAUGGACUCUCAGGCUGAAGUGGACCAAGUUGCUGCACGUUGGUGGGGCACAAAGCGGCUGGACUUUGCCCUGUACUGCCCAGAUGCUCUGACCGCUUUCCCCACGGUGGCUUUGCCACAUCUCUUCCAUGCAUCAUACUGGGAGUCUACUGAUGUCGUGUCUUUCCUCCUGAGACAAGUUAUGAGGCAUGAAAACUCCAGCAUCCUGGAGCUUGAUGGGAAAGAAGUAUCUGAAUUCACCCCCUCCAAACCUCGAGAGAAGUGGCUCCGCAAGAGGACUCAUGUAAAGAUCAGGGUAGGCAUCAGAUCUACAAGAGAAGACAGUUUCAAGAAUGUGACGGCCAACCACCGGGUGAACGACGCUGUGUUCACUGAAGACAGUCAGCAGGUCAUGGCAGGUCGCUUCAUGUACGGCCCUCUGGACAUGGUCACCUUGGCCGGGGAGAAGGUUGACCUCCACAUUAUGACCCAGCCUCCAUCAGGAGAGUGGGUGUACUUCAACACCGAGGUGACAAACAGCAGUGGCCGUGUGUCUUUUAUCAUCCCAGAAGAUAAGCGCCUGGGCAUCGGAGUCUACCCAGUUAAAAUGGUUGUCAGGGGUGACCACACCUUUGCAGACAGCUACCUGACAGUUAUUCCGCGCGGCACAGAGUUUGUGGUAUUCAGUAUUGACGGGUCUUUCGCUGCCAGUGUGUCGAUCAUGGGCAGUGACCCCAAAGUGCGGGCAGGAGCUGUGGACGUUGUCAGGCACUGGCAGGAUUUGGGCUUUUUGAUCAUCUAUGUAACAGGACGUCCAGACAUGCAGAAGCAGCGGGUAGUGGCUUGGUUGUCUCAACACAACUUCCCUCACGGCAUUGUCUCCUUCUGUGACGGCCUGGUCCAUGACCCACUCAGACACAAGGCCAAUUUCCUCAAGGCUUUGACCGAGGCUCAGAUGAAGAUUUUGGCCGGCUACGGAUCAACCAAAGACAUCUCGGUCUACACCUCCAUUGGCCUCCCUCCCUCCCAAAUAUACAUUGUCGGCAGGCCCUCUAAGAAGAUGCAGUGCCAGUUCAUCACAGAGGGCUACGCAGCUCAUUUGUCUCAGCUGGAAUACAACCACCGCUCUCGGCCAGUCAAGUCCAGCAGUGCACGCAUGGUGCUACGUAAAGGCAGCUUCGGUUUGGGCGCGAACAGUGACUUCCUGCGGAAGAGGAACCACCUGCUUCGCACCAUCUCCGCCCAGCCAGCCCCCACGUCCCCGACGGGUAGCAUCCACAACAGACCCGAGCGCACGCAGAGCCAAUCAGACAGCGAGCGGCUGGAGCGGGAGCGAAUGGAGCGCACUCACAGCCACAGUCAGGGAGCGACCCAGCGCAGCAUGAGCAUCACAGCGACCUGCUGGGGCCGCAGCAGCAGCACCAAGUUAGAACCAGGACUUCUCAGCCCAAAAUGAGAUUAGAUGGACAAUAUGAGAGUACUGUUGGGAGAGUGACUUAUAGAUACAGUGCUGAGGAGGAGACACCUGACGUGAGGAUUAAAAGAAAGAGCGGAAAACAGUUGUCUUGCAACAAAUGGAUAAUUAUCACAAGGAAAACCAUAGGUGCUACGAACCACUCUUUAUAAAACUAACGCAAGUCACACUUAUGGACAGAAACUUAGGCUAUAUUUACUAUAAAUCACACCUAAACAACUCUACAGGCAUUUCAAGAAGCAUCUUUCCGAAGAAGGAACAUGCACACAAGCAGGCAUAGCUAUUAUUGUAGGAAUCCAGACUGUUUCUACUGUUUAGUAAAGAUGUAUCGGUUUUGAAUACAAGGCCGGUUUCCUCCUGCAACAGGCCUUUGGACUUGAGGUGGUUACACAUAAAAAAGAACCCCAGGCUUGUGUCUGGUUCACGUUCUGAUACGACACUGUAAGCACAACAAUUACUAUAGAGAAAGACUUUUGCGAAAAAAAUUGUUUGGGAAAUGUUAUAGUCUGAGAGGGUAGCUGAGAAUCAGGUCAAACUGGACUGAGUCUGUUUCUUUUCUGGGUUUGACCGCACAAAACAAUCAUUGAGGCCCAAUGAAUCUUUGUCAGAACUUCUUGAAGAAAAUUGUUGUCAUGUAUGUAUGAAAAUUGUUGUCAGUAUGGUGAUUUAAAAGCCAAAUAGAUAUUAUUUGAGCUGCUACGUCUUGCAAUAUAUGUAAAGCAAUUACGAACACCAAUGACUAAACGAUGUUUCACCGAACCAUACAGUCCAGUUUUGCUGGUUUUCUAGUUGUCCCUCACACAAAGGAGUCGUCCAAAAAACCACAUGAAGCAAACUGCGAAAAUUACCCCUUUAAAUAUGGUUGCAGCUGAAACUGUUCAUGGGUUUUUAUAGCAUUUCCCCAAACCGCACCAGACUGCGCAGCUGCACCUUCCAAAAACCUAAAGUACGACUCCACUAUAGGGAAAAGUCCCUCUACCCUACGGUUGAUGUGCCAAAGCAAACAGUAUGGAAUAAAAUACUGUACAUGGACAGAGAGGAAACGGUGAGCGUGUCCUGUGUAAAAAUGGAAAACAUUGUGUAAGUAUGUAGUCGAUUGCCUUAACAAGGCUUGUACAAAAUUGUUAUAUUAUAGUGCAGAUCUGGUAUCUGGUCCACUGAAGACCAGUUUCAAGUGUCUUCUUUCCUAUGGGGGUUAACACUGCCUCAUUAAGGAUACACUCUAUUGAUUUACGAUGAUAAUUAUUGUUAUUUAUGAUUAUAGAUUCUUUAAAUUGUAUUGAUUAUGUGAACAAAAUGUGUUUUAAGAUUACUUUAGCUAUGUUGUCUUUUUUUUUUCCUUUUUUUUCUUUUUUCAAUCUUCAGUUGCAGCGGCCAAAACUCAGAGAGGUCUUUGCCUGGCACAGUAUUGUAUUUUUAUUAUUUUAUCUUGCAGAUCACCAGAAUUGUAUCAACAUAACUGCUACAUUGUGUCAUAUAUAUAUAUAGAUAGAUAGAUAUAUAGAUAUAGAUAUAUCGAUAUAUCUAUAUCUAUAUAGAUAUAUAUAGUAUGUUUGUUAUUAUCUAUUUUGGAAAUUUGGGAUAUGGCUUCCCUCUGGUUAUCCCUGAGCUGUAAAUGAGGCGCUGAAUGUGCUCAUAGAUAAUCCUCCCUCGGUUAAGGUUUCUUUCUCUGCUCUGCUGCGCCGUGAGAGGAAGAAAAAAUCUGCAAAGUGUAAAUUCUGUACAAAAUGCUGUCAGAAGUCGGAACCCAGAGCUAAGUUUUACUUUAAUCUGUAGAGGCCAUUUAAUUUCUCUCUUAUUCAUUCAACAGAUGUUUAUUUGUCCCUCUAAUAUGUACAGAGCUGAAUGCAGUGGACCAAUGUGGGCUCAAGUGUGGGGGGAAACUUGCAAUAUUACUCAACCAGACCACCAGAUCAAACAGACUGUGUUGAAGACAUGUCACAGUGCAAUGACAAUCAGGUGAACAGGCACAUAUUCUACAGACAUCAAAUUGCAGAUUAGCUCAACGUGUCUCGGCGCGACACAAAUACACAUGCGAGUCCCUUUUACAAGGUAGAGAUAUUUCACACAAGUUCCACUGAUCUGAUAAUGGUAUGGGAGACAUAUUACAGUAGGUUUAUACUUGUGGGGACACAUGCGCAGUCUUUAAUUAUGUUGAGAUGUUUUGUCCUUUUCAGCACAUGGGUGUCUAGAUUAGCCCACAUGCCAUUUACUGUACGAGUGACCUAAAUCAAUCAACACUUACCUAGCUAAAAAAUAAUGCACACGACAGCCCUGCAACACUUACUUUUAUAAAGGUCGUAAUAUUUGUGAGAUAUGAGUGUCGAUUCAAGUGAAAAGUCAUUUUAGGUACUACAGUUCAUGGUGCUGUUGUGUUGUUAUACUGAGAGGAGUUUCUAAUAUUUCAUCCACGUCAGUGAGUGUAGAUCAAAUAUCAGACGACUGAGUGAACAUCCUCGUGCUAAAUUACCUGUAACCUCCCUAACUCAGACUGUCUCUUCGAUCCUGGUGAAUGAUGUAGUUCAUACUGCACUACUGUCCCUCUGCAUUCUGACUCAAGAUUAGGUUUGAAGCCAUAUAAACAGGUCUUAGAGAAGCUGCUAUUUAAAAUAAUGGCCGUUUGUACAUUCAUAGUGAUUAGGAAAAAAAGAACAGGCAAUGCUGGAAAACGUGCACUCGUGUAAAGUUGGCAACUACUGAACCAUAGUCCCUUCCUCAGAGAUCCGAAUUGCCUGGAUAUUAAAAAAUCCAGAGAAUGUAAAGACAAAGCGGUGCGGUCAUCUGUGGAGUUUGGAUACCUCUGGGCAGACACUCGCUUCGAUUCUGCUACUGACACACUUUACCAGAGGCCUUACAUUUCCCUUUUCUGCCUUACAUCAACCAUUGUGUUGCGAGGCCAAGAAUGGACGCCCAAACUGACUUUAGACAAAUAGGAAAAGGUCAUAUUUUCUUGAAAGACUGUGGUUUGCUUCACGUUAAAGGAAGUGUAAAAAGGAGAAACGUUUUGAGAUAUGAUUUACCAACAUUAGGCAACCCAUCGCUGUCUCAAGCUCUCCCCCCGGGUAACGCAAUGCCACAGUUGUUUUAUCACCAGUUCACAUUCACAAUAUACACACAACAUACCUUGGUAAAUUAAGCUUAGGAAAUAUUUUCAUUGUACAGGUUGUGUAUCUUGUAGGUUUUGGAUAAUUGCAUUUUAUCCAUUCCCUUGUGUUUUUAUGUACAGUGUGUAAAGAUCAUAUAAAGAACGACUAAGUUA